AGCAUCAUCAUCAUCAUCAUCAUUAUCGUUAACAUAAUACCACCACCACCGCGACCCUCGUGUAGCAGCAGCGAUGAACGGCGGCAGUGAUCAGAUCAGAUCUUUCCUGCACUCACUCGUCCAACCUGCUUCACACGAGCAAUAUGUGCGCGAUCAAAAGGCACUCACGGACCUGUUCAAAGAGCCAGGUUUUUUCUUAACGCUUCAGCUCCUGGCAGCCGACAAGUCGCUUCCCCAGCCUGAGAGGCAUAUGGCAUCUGUCAUAUCUGGUCGUGAACUCGAGACGAAAUGGAGGAGCAAAAUGCUGGUUCCCGAGGCUCGAAAGCCAGAAGUCCGGCAGACCUUGUUCAGUUUCUUAGAAGAGGAGGAUUUUGGGAUUGCUCGACCUCAGCUCGGCUUGCUGGUCAGCGUGGCUCGCAUAGAGCUGCCGCGGCACUUUCCCAAUCUCCCCCAACUCCUCCUCAACCCAUUGCUCACCUGUCUAUCUCAGAUGUCCGUCGGUCCAAACGCCAAUCUCAGUCCUGCCGGAUCGACGCUUCUGAUCAACUCUCUCUGGACUAUCAGUGCUCUCGUCAAAGAGUGGCGCACGGUGAAACUCACGGCGGGCGCGGAAGUCAUGAAGAUGCUUGAAAGUGUAUUGGUCGAGCCAGUUGGGCGAGUGCUGCAAAUCUGGGCCGAGAGUCAGGCCAGUGGCUUGGAUGACUGGGUCACUGAAGAAAGCGGCCGACUAGCUUUCAAAAUCCUCGCUCGGUUCGCUCUGUGGCAUUGGGGAAAGGCCAAGGGCCAUCAGACGGAGGAAGCCAUACAUAGGAUACAUGCUCUAGUUCAUCACACUGCUCACUAUACCCCUGUCAUUCACGAGCAUCGACUUCGUCUGAUUUCGACGACUUCCGCCACGAGGUUCAAGGUUCUGCAAACUCUGUAUAAGCUUAUUCGCGCCAUUGGCAAAUGGUGGCGGUCAAUGAUUGGAAUAGAUCCAAAAGGUUUCUGCAAAAUCAAUGGCACUAUCACAGGUGUCGGAUGGUGGUGGGGUCAGGUCGGCACUGUCGUAUCACAUGCGGAAGGUGACAUCAAUGACAAUGACGCUGCGGAGGAGUCAUACCCGAAGCGCUUCCUUCUCCUCGGACUGCUGCUCUUCAAAGAUGUAUUGCCCAUCCUUUCCGUCGAUCAUGCCAAUGUCUUCACCCCGGACUUUGUUCUAUCCGCCCUGCGUCUUCUCAUUGAUAAGAUGUUACCGCUCACGACUACCGAUCUGGAUGCUUUAGAGGAAGAACCCGAGGAAUGGUCCAUCAGAGAGGUGUCAGACGAGGAGGCUUGGGCGUUCGAAUUCAGGCCUUGCGCUGAACGUGUGCUCAUUGCCCUGAAUAAUGCCUGUCGUCACCUGCCCGCCACGUCCAAGGUCAUCGAGCCUGAAGUGCUCCGGAUGCUUCAAGAAGCUGAAUCCGUCCCUCCUGCUGAGCUGCCCGUCAUCUUGCGAAGAGAAGCUUUGUAUUGCGCUAUUGGACGCCUCAGUCGCUCGAUGUCUUCGCAUGGGGGACUGGACUUUCGUGCUUUUCUGACCGGAACCGGAUCAUGGUUGGGUCAAGAUAUACCUGGUCUGCGCAUACUUAAACGUCGUUUGGCUUGGCUAAUAGGUCAAUGGGUUCAGUCGGAGGAGGAAUGUGCUCAGCUGGAUAUCCUAUGGCAGAUCCUCGUCCAUUUGCUCAGCGAGAGAGGCGAAAGUUCUGAUCGAGCUGUAAACCUGGCUGCAGUCACCUCGAUCAAAGAGAGCGUAGAUUUGUGGGAUGUGGAUAUCGCUUACUUUAUUCCGCAUCUGCAAACUACCACCAGCGAAUUGAUCAAAGUACUUGGAGAGUGCAUUACGCUCGAUGGCAAGCGACAAGUGAACGACGCGAUCGGUGUCGUGAUCGAACGGACUGGCGAAAAGAUUUUACCAUUCUUGCCUGAUCUGGCUCGUUCCAUCCCAACGCUUUGGCACGGGGCGGCAUCACUGGAAGGCGAAUGGCUAUUCAAAGCCUCAUUGGUGGUGUUGACACAGAAGCUUGUGGGAGCUGCCAAAGCAUCCUCGGGUCAACUCAUGGAGCUGGUCAUCCCAUUGAUAGAAGAGAGUCUGAUACCACCUGCGAAGGACUUUUUCGAAGAGGACGGACUGAUACUGUGGCAAGCAAGUCUAUACAAUGCUGCAUCUCCAUACGAGCCAACACCAGCAACCGGACUCAUUCGGCUCGUGCCUGGUCUGUUGAACAUGUUGAGCCAUAACAUGGACCUGCUCGACAAAGCAUUGGGUCUCCUAGAAUCGUACCUCUUACUGGAUGCUCCGGGAAUGAUACAGCAAUACGGUCCUGCCAUCGCCUCAGCCCUUGCCAAAGCUCUGGCGCUAAGUAAGCCCAACUCCACAGCGCUUCGCCGUCUGCUCGCUACGCUCUCACUCAGUGUUCGAGUCGCGCCGUUGUCUCAAUGGGCUCCGCUACUGCUGGACUCGGACAUCUUCGCCAACGUCAUUGCUGCUCUGGAAGACGACAAAGCGUCAGGUCUAAUUCUGGCUGCUUAUCUCGAGAUUCUUGCUCGUCUGGCACUUGUGGAUCCCGCCGGGUAUCUCGGAAUGAUCAAAGAGUCGGCAAUGAGACAAGGUCGCGAUUUCGAGAAGCUAUUGGAUGAGUGCUUGGAUGCUAUCUGGCGAAACUUUGACUAUGUCGGAGAUACACGCAUGAGAAAAGCAGUAGGCAUGGCCGCUGCUCGACUUUUGACUACUGGCCAUCAUCUCGUCUUGGAACGCAUAGAUGGCGAGUUCAUGAACAUUUUCCUCGAUGUCCUUGGUGAACUUUCGGAAUCGCAGGACGAGAUCACUGGGGCAGAGACCAAUCUGAAGCCAUGGAAAGACGAGCAUCCGACUCUAUGGAGUGAGGUGGAAAACACACCCGAGGGAGAUCGUCGAAAUGCGCUCGAGAACGAGGAUCCUGCUUUCAAAGUCCCAUUCAAAGCGUUCCUUAUUGAAGCGCUACACCGCGCCAAUGAAGUUGGUAUGGGGCCUUAUUGGGACAAGGCGGAUGCAGGCACGAAACAUAGCUUGGAGAAAUUCCUUUCAUGACCAAACACGACACAUUUCUCACCGUAGAAGACUGUCUAAUGUGUAUAUACAUUAUACCCUGCACUUGUAUACGACUAGAUCUGCCCAUGCAUGGACGGUUGCGACGA